CUGAGCGGGCCGGCGGCCAUUUUGUGAAGCGGCGUAGGAGGUGGUGGCUGCGGUGGGCUCCGGGAAGCCGUUCGGGCUGGGGCUGUCGGCCGCGGGGCGGAGGCACUCGCGCGGGGGGUAACUCGGGUCUGGGUUCUGGUGCCGCGCAAGUUCUCCCCGUCUAAAAGUUGGUUUUAAUUGGUGCCCACAGGAUUGACUUGGCCUCUACUUCUUGUUAAGAAAAUACAUCUCUUGUUUUAUCAGGUGUGUGUGGUUUCAGCGCAGCAUGGCUGUGGUCAUCCGUUUGCAAGGUCUCCCAAUUGUGGCGGGGACCAUGGACAUUCGCCACUUCUUCUCUGGAUUGACCAUCCCUGAUGGGGGCGUGCAUAUUGUAGGGGGUGAACUGGGUGAGGCUUUCAUCGUUUUUGCCACUGAUGAAGAUGCAAGGCUUGGUAUGAUGCGCACAGGUGGUACAAUUAAAGGGUCAAAAGUAACACUAUUGUUGAGUAGUAAAACGGAAAUGCAGAAUAUGAUUGAACUGAGUCGUAGGCGGUUCGAAACUGCCAACCUAGAUAUACCACCAGCAAAUGCUAGUAGAUCAGGACCACCACCUAGCUCAGGAAUGAGUGGCAGGGUAAACUUGCCUACAACAGUACCCAACUUUAAUAAUCCUUCACCAAGUGUAGUUACUGCUACCACUUCUGUUCAUGAAAGCAACAAAAACAUACAGACAUUUUCCACAGCCAGCGUAGGAACUGCUCCUCCAAGUAUGGGGGCUUCUUUUGGGAGCCCAACAUUCAGCUCGACCAUUCCAAGUACAGCCUCUCCAAUGAACACAGUCCCACCGCCACCUAUUCCUCCGAUCCCAGCCAUGCCAUCUUUGCCACCAAUGCCAUCCAUUCCUCCAAUACCAGUUCCUCCUCCAGUACCUACAUUACCCCCCGUGCCUCCUGUGCCCCCAAUUCCCCCAGUCCCUUCUGUGCCACCAAUGACCCCACUGCCACCCAUGUCAGGCAUGCCACCUUUGAAUCCGCCACCCGUGGCACCUUUACCUGCUGGAAUGAAUGGCUCUGGAGCACCUAUGAAUCUGAACAAUAACCUGAACCCUAUGUUUUUGGGUCCACUGAAUCCUGUUAACCCUAUCCAGAUGAACUCUCAAAGCAGCGUGAAGCCACUUCCCAUCAACCCUGAUGAUCUGUAUGUCAGUGUGCAUGGAAUGCCCUUUUCUGCAAUGGAAAAUGAUGUCAGAGAGUUUUUCCAUGGGCUCCGUGUUGAUGCCGUGCAUUUGUUGAAAGAUCAUGUAGGCCGAAAUAAUGGGAAUGGAUUGGUUAAGUUUCUUUCCCCUCAAGAUACAUUUGAAGCUUUGAAACGAAACAGAAUGCUGAUGAUUCAACGCUAUGUGGAAGUUAGCCCUGCCACAGAGAGACAGUGGGUAGCAGCUGGAGGACAUAUCACUUUUAAGCAAAGUAUGGGACCUUCUGGACAAACCCAUCCCCCUCCUCAGACACUGCCCAGGUCAAAAUCGCCCAGUGGGCAGAAAAGGUCAAGGUCAAGAUCACCACAUGAGGCUGGUUUUUGUGUUUACUUGAAAGGGCUACCAUUUGAAGCAGAAAACAAACAUGUCAUUGAUUUUUUUAAAAAGUUGGAUAUUGUGGAAGAUAGUAUUUAUAUAGCUUAUGGACCCAAUGGGAAAGCAACUGGUGAAGGCUUCGUAGAGUUUAGGAAUGAGGCUGACUAUAAAGCUGCUCUGUGUCGUCAUAAACAAUACAUGGGCAAUCGCUUUAUUCAAGUUCAUCCAAUUACUAAGAAAGGUAUGCUAGAAAAGAUAGAUACAAUUCGAAAAAGACUCCAGAACUUCAGCUAUGACCAGAGAGAAAUGAUGUUAAAUCGAGGGGAUGUCAACUCUGCCAAAGUCUGUGCCCACAUAACAAAUAUUCCAUUCAGCAUUACCAAGAUGGAUGUUCUUCAGUUCCUGGAAGGAAUCCCAGUGGAUGAAAAUGCAGUACAUGUUCUUGUUGAUAACAAUGGGCAAGGUCUAGGACAGGCAUUGGUUCAGUUUAAAAAUGAAGAUGAUGCACGUAAGUCUGAACACUUACACCGUAAAAAAUUAAUGGGGAGAGAAGCAUUUGUUCAUGUAGUUACCCUAGAAGAUAUGAGAGAGAUUGAGAAAAAUCCCCCUGCCCAAGGAAAAAAGGGGCUAAAGAUGCCUGUGCCGGCUAAUCCUGCAGUACCAGGAAUGCCUGCUGCGGGCAUGCCUGCUGCGGGCAUGCCCGCCGCGGGAAUGCCCGCAGCGGGAAUGCCCGGCCCUGGCAUGCCUGCUGCGGGCAUGCCUGCUGCUGGCAUGCCCACUGCUGGUAUGCCUGGUGCAGGCAUACCCGCUGCGGGAUUGCCUGGUGCGGGAAUGCCUGCUGCAGGACUGCCUGCUGCAGGAAUGCCUGGUGCAGGAAUGCCCAGCGCAGGAGGUGAAGAACAUGCUUUCCUGACAGUAGGAUCAAAGGAGGCCAACAAUGGACCUCCAUUUAACUUCCCUGGUAAUUUUGGUGGGUCAAAUGCCUUUGGGCCACCACUGCCUCCUCCAGGAUUAGGAGGGGCCUUUGGUGAUGCUAGGCCUGGUAUGCCUUCAGUUGGAAACAGUGGUUUGCCUGGUCUAGGACUGGAAGUUCCUGGUUUUGGAGGUGGACCCAAUAAUUUAAGUGGGCCAUCAGGAUUUGGAGGGGGCCCUCAGAAUUUUGGAAAUGGUCCUGGUAGCUUAGGUGGCCCUCCUGGCUUUGGAAGUGGCCCUCCUGGUCUUGGAAGUGCCCCUGGGCAUUUGAGUGGACCACCAGCCUUUGGCCCUGGCCCUGGCCCUGGCCCAAUCCAUAUUGGUGGUCCACCUGGCUUUGGAUCUAGUUCUGGGAAACCAGGACCUACAGUAAUUAAAGUGCAGAACAUGCCCUUCACUGUGUCUAUUGAUGAGAUUUUAGAUUUCUUUUAUGGCUAUCAAGUAAUCCCAGGCUCAGUGUGCUUAAAAUACAAUGAAAAAGGUAUGCCCACAGGUGAAGCCAUGGUGGCCUUCGAAUCUCGGGAUGAAGCCACAGCUGCUGUCAUUGACUUAAAUGACAGGCCUAUAGGCUCAAGAAAAGUAAAACUUAUGGCCCGCUGUGUGACCUUGGUUCAGCUGUCUAUUUCCUGUGACCACCUCAUUGACAAGGACAUCGGCUCCAAGUCAGACCCACUCUGCGUCCUUUUACAGGAUGUGGGAAGGGGCAACUGGACUGAGCUUGGCCGAACUGAGCGAGUACGGAACUGCUCAAAUCCUGAGUUCUCCAAGACUCUGCAGCUUGAGUAUCACUUUGAAACAGUCCAGAAACUACGCUUCGGAAUCUAUGACAUAGACAACAAGACACCAGAGCUGGGGGAUGAUGACUUCCUAGGGGGAGCUGAAUGUUCCCUAGGACAGAUCGUGUCCAGCCAAAUGCUGACUCUACCCUUGAUGCUAAAGUCUGGAAAACCUGCUGGGAAGGGAACCAUUACGGUCUCAGCUCAGGAGCUGAAGGACAGUCGUGUAGUAACAGUGGAGGUAGAAGCCAGAAACCUUGAUAAGAAGGACUUCCUGGGAAAAUCUGAUCCAUUCCUGGAGUUCUUCCGCCAGGGUGAUGAAUGGCACCUGGCAUACAGAUCUGAGGUAAUCAAGAACAACCUGACUACUUGGAAGCGCUUCUCAGUUCCCUUUCAGCAUUUCUGUGGUGGAGACCCCAGCACACCCAUCCAGGUACGCUGCUCAGACUAUGACAGUGAUGGGUCACAUGAUCUCAUUGGUACUUUCCACACUAGCUUGGCCCAGUUGCAGGCAGUCCCGGCCGAGUUUGAAUGCAUCCACCCUGAGAAGCAGCAGAAAAAGAGAAGCUACAAGAACUCUGGAACUAUCUGUGUCAAGAUUUGCCAGGUAGAAACAGAAUAUUCCUUCCUGGACUAUGUUAUGGGAGGCUGCCAAAUCAACUUCACUGUGGGUGUGGACUUCACUGGCUCCAAUGGAGAUCCCUCCUCACCUGACUCCCUGCACUACCUGAGUCCUACAGGAGUCAACGAAUACCUGACAGCGCUGUGGAGUGUGGGCAGUGUGGUUCAAGACUAUGACUCGGACAAGCUGUUCCCGGCAUUUGGAUUUGGGGCCCAGGUGCCCCCUGAUUGGCAGGUCUCACAUGAAUUUGCCUUGAACUUCAAUCCCAAUAACCCAUACUGUGCAGGCAUCCAGGGCAUUGUGGAUGCCUACCGCCAAGCCCUGCCCCAAGUACGCCUCUAUGGCCCCACCAACUUCGCACCCAUCAUCAACCAUGUGGCCAGGUUUGCAGCCCAGGCUGCAUAUCAGGGGACUGCCUCGCAAUACUUCGUGCUGUUGCUGUUGACUGAUGGUGCUGUGACAGAUGUGGAAGCCACACGUGAAGCUGUGGUGCAUGCUUCAAAACUGCCCAUGUCAGUGAUAAUUGUGGGUGUUGGUGGUGCUGACUUUGAGGCCAUGGAACAGCUGGACGCUGAUGGUGGGCCACUGUGUACACGCUCUGGAGAGGCAUCUACCCGUGACAUAGUACAGUUUGUGCCUUAUCGCAGAUUUCAAAAUGCUCCUCGGGAAGCACUGGCACAGACUGUACUUGCAGAAGUGCCUACACAGCUGGUCUCCUACUUCAAGGCUCAGGGUUGGGCUCCGUUCAAGGUGCCUCCAUCCCCAGCCAAAGGUCCUGCACAGAACUCCCAAGCCUAGAUACCCUUGGAGGGUAGGCUGUGGCCAGUUCUAGUUCUGAGCUUUGUACCCCCAGUAUUCUCUGGGGCGUGGUCCAAUCCUACACUCUCCCCCCAGUGCUAGCACUUUAUAUUUGAUACUUUUAUACUGGCUUCUGCUAUUACUGCUCUUGAUCUCACCUGCUUGUCCCUGAUAUCCCUUAUUCAAUAAAGACCAGUAAAAAUCA